AGAAGACCUGCUAUGUUGUCUAGGCUACUUCAAAUGCCUGCUGUGUUUUAAAUAGGUCAGGUCUGCAAAGCUUUUCCACAGCUUUAUGUUACAGGAGUCAGGACCCGAUUCCUUCUGAUUUAAGUCACUGGUUUCUUAGUUGAUCGUUUUCUGAUCAAGAUGGAUUUGGCGAAAGUGUUGGCAAACAUGGCUGUGUCGUCCUUGCGGAGAUAAAGGCUAAAAGGAAGAAAUCGCAAUGUUACUGAGACUUGGUCGUCAUUACUGAUGUAAACUAUGUCUUUUUCACCCUGUAAUAAUGACUGCUGCAGUCGUUAGUCCCAACUGCUAGAGCAACCAGGUGUAGACCAGGGUACGUCAGCCAAAAUGCAUUAGGAGGACAUCAAGAUGUGGCGGUGUGGAAGACAUCCUGGAACAAGAAUUUGGAGGAGGAGGAGGAGCAGCCAGGAGGCCAACAGACAGUUACUUCCUCUCUACGUUCAAAAUCUUGGUUACCUCAAGCCUGUGUCAAAUGAUGUGCACAGUUUUAGAAAGUUGAGUGUCUCCACAUUUUCAAGAUGGUUUAAAGUGCCAAUAUUUGGCCUGUCUGGUGUUCAUACAUCAGAUGUCUGUGACUUGAGGACAUUCUGCAAGAGAGAAUGUCAUACAGAUGCACUUGAUAUCCACAAACAGAAACUGAAAUUAUGGUUCAGCCACCUACCUCAAGAAGAGAAGCAAUUUGGAGGUUGCUUCUCCCCAGAAACUAUGCAUAUAGAACCUCUCAUUCUUGAGGGGCAUCCAGCUGAGGAUAAGCCCGGGCCCUUUGACAUCAAACAUGACAAAGGUGCAUCCAUCACCAUCGAAGAGCUUUUCCAGCCAACCCUUGACACCAGAGACCAAGGAGUCAACGUACUGCUUUACGGGGCAGUGGGCACAGGCAAGAGCACAGUUGUGCGAAAGCUGGUGCUAGACUGGUGUAUUGGGUCCACUCUUUCUCAGUUCCAGUUGGUAGUGCCUUUCUCCUGUGAGGACCUCUCACAGAUGUCCAGACCUCUCUCAUUGCGAGACCUUGUGGGCAAGAAGUAUGUGCACCUUCGUAAGACUCCGAUGCUGAGUGGAGAGCUGGACCAGGCAAGAAAUGUGCUUUUCAUUUUCAAUGGUAUGGAGAAGAUGAAGCUGGACUUUCGCAUGGCUUCCACCGAACUGUGCAGUGAUCCAAAUGAAGCCCUUCCUCCAGGAGCCAUUGUUGUAAAUCUGUUGAGGAAGUAUCUUCUGCCUGAGGCCAGCGUUUUGGUCACCACAAGACUGUCUGCUCUUGAACGGGUUCCCCAGAAGUAUGUGACCCGGUACGCGCAAAUCUGUGGCUUCAAUGACCCCGCUCGCCAGCGGGCGUACUUUACAAGCAGGCUCCUCCAACAGACUGGAAAGGAGUCCCACAAGGAUGAGCUGAUUGAGCUUCUUUACCUCAACCUGAGGCAGAAGAGUCAGCUGGCUGCAGCCUGUUACUUACCUUCAUACUGCUGGCUCACCUGUGCCACACUGCACUUUCUGCAUUUCACCGAUGACAAGGCCCCCAUUCGUACCCUCACUGGUAUCUACACAAGCUUCCUGCGGCUUAAUUUUGGAGGGGAAGUGCUUGAAACUGGGGGCGGUGUGUCCUCCCAGGACCAGCAGACAUCUUUGAUGCGAUAUGUUGUUCAGACCGUGGGGAAACUGGCUUUUGAUGGGGUCACGAAGAAACGAGCGUCCUUCUCUGAGGACGAACUUGAGCAGUGGAUUGGUGGUAAAACAAAGACAGAUGAGGAGUUACAAAAGCUGGCUAUGUUCCGUACGGAUGUGCUGGAUUUUUUCCUGGUGCCCUGUGUGGAAAGCAAACGGUCAUAUGACACUGCUGAAAUCGAUGAGAAACACUAUGUAUUUGCUGUUCCUGCCAUGCAGGAGUACCUUGCCGCUCUCUAUGUAGUUCUUGGUGAAAACAAGACUGCCUUGGAGAAACUUACUAAACAGGUGUCUGCAACCAUAGGUCAAGCUGGGGAUGACGUAACCACCCUCUUCAGCAUCCUCUCCAAGUUCAUACCCUUCAAGAUCUUUGCUGUGUUUAACCUCUUGAAGCUCUUCCCCAGCCUUUUAGAAAGGAUUACUCUACACAGCAAAGGGCACAUCGCUCGCACGAUGGCUGCGGAAAUGUUCCGCUCGGAAGACAGCUUCAAUGAGGAUGUGCUGGACCAGGUGGAGCAGAGCCUGCUGGGGGUUCACGGCCCCCAACCCGAGAAGCACCUGGACGUGAGGGCCUUCGAGCUCUACCCAAUCUUCAUGGGUGGGCUCCUGCACUACGGUAACCGGAGGCUCCUGGAGCAGCUGGGCUGCAGCAUCAAGAGCGAAACGGUGGCCCAGAUCACUGGCACGCUCAAGAAGCAGCUGCUGAGAGGGAGUACCAAGAAGCUGCCCCCGGAGGAGAUGAUGGAUCUGCUGACGCUGCUCUACGAGUUCCAGAACCCGAGGAUGACAGCGGAGGUCCUGCAGUCCAUCCGGGCAAUAAACCUGUCGACCGUACGCAUGACACCCCUGAAGUGCUUCGUCCUCAGCUCUGUGCUGAGCUGCUGCGCCCCGGGGUUCCUGCUCAACGACCUGAUCCUCUCCUCCUGCCACCUCACGCAGGACCUGCUGCACUUGCUCUGGCCUGCCUUCCGACACGCAAGCAGCCUCAAUCUCCAGUUUAACCACCUUGGUCCAGAGUCCUGUGCACUUCUGAGAGAUCUCCUGGUUGAACCCAACUGUACCAUUAGAUCAUUACAGUUGUGUGAUAACAACCUGCUGGACUCGGGGGUCAGUACCCUGUUGGACAGUCUCCCAGAGAACCAGAGUCUGCAGCACCUGUCCCUGAUGCACACUGGUCUGGGAGAUGCUGCUGCGCUGGAGCUUGCUGAGAGGCUAGGCAAACACACGGGUCUCCUGGAGCUCAAUGUGGCCUACAACAACAUCGGGGACAGCACAGCCGUCACACUGGUGGAUGCCUGCAGAGAGCAUCCAACAAUCAACACAGUGCACCUGUAUCUGAACCAGCUGACUGAUGUAGGGAAGCAGUCCCUGUACAACCUGCAGCAGGGGGGCUCGGGCCGCCAUGUGAGGGUCCUGGCGUCUGUGAUGGAGGGCUCGGACAUCUCCGAAGACUGGCGUCCCAUCCUGAGCAUCAUAGGGAAGAAUUCCAUCUCGUGGGAGCGGGAGAGGGUGCGGGAGCAGCUGCUGGUGUUCCUGCGGGACCUGGAGUGGGGCCGCCAGCAGCAGCUGAGCUUCUGGAAGAGGCUGCACUUCCGGCGCGUGGAGAACGGGGUGAAGCAGACCCUGCUCAUGCUGGAGAAGGCCAGCUCCAUCGGGUCUGGGACUAGCAAUGGUUAACCAUUGACUUGAAUGAUGGGAAUGACUUGGGAUAUACAGAUGGUGCUAUGUCAUCAUCUAUUUGUGUGUUUUUUGUCUGAUGCACCCCUGAUUUUACUGUGCUUCCAUCAUGUAUGAUCAUGAAUUUUGUGCAUGUCUAUAUCUGACAGUUAGGAUACAAGUUACUCUACGGACAAUUAACUCAGACCUUUACAAUGAAUAGCCAUCGCAGUGUCAGAUGUAACACUGCUUUGCAGAAAGCAAUAAGUACCUCUAUAUAUAUAGUGAGUCUAUAUGAAAUUCCAUGGCACCAGCCAUAGCCUAUGCUGACUGUUGCAGAUAUGGGUUCUGUCUAUGGUAUUGUGACAAUAGAUUGCUGUAAUAUCAGAACCCUGAUGUGUACAUUUUCAUUCAGGUGGAUGUUGGAAGAGUGAUCAGUCACUUAAAAUAGUUGUUAUAGUGUUAUAAUGUUGUUGAAGGAACUGUCUGACAGACCUAUAUGAGACUGCAAAUCUUAAAGAUGUUAUGACAAAUUUAAGGGAAAAAUGUGAAAUUUUAAGUGUGAUGAAUUGGGAGUGCCUUAACAGUGUUUUAAAGAAUAAAGCCGAAACGUCAAAUCUU